UCGCACCGGCGCCGCCCCGAGGCGCGUCACGCGCGGCUCUGGCAGCCAUGGCGGGAAGCGAGCCAUGGCGUGGAGGCAGCUCCACGCCGACGCCCCAUAGCGACUGGAGUCGCCUCGAAGCGGCUAUCCUCAGCGGCUGGAGAACCUUCUGGCAGUCGGUUGGCAAGGAGAGGGCGGCGCCUGAGACGUCCCGGGAGGAGGCGGAUGAGGAGGCCAGUACCCUGACGCGGCUGCCGAUUGAUGUGCAACUAUAUAUUUUGUCAUUUCUUUCACCCCAUGAUCUAUGUCAGUUGGGAAGUACAAAUCAUUACUGGAAUGAAACUGUCCGAGAUCCAAUUCUUUGGAGAUAUUUUUUGCUGCGGGAUCUUCCUUCUUGGUCUUCUGUUGACUGGAAGUCUCUUCCGGAUCUAGAAAUCUUAAAAAAACCUAUAUCUGAAGUCAAUGAUGGGGCAAUUUUUGACUACAUGGCAGUCUAUAAAAUGUGUUGUCCACAUACAAGAAGAUCUUUGAAAUCCAGCCGUCCUAUGUAUGGAGCUGUCACCUCUUUUUUACACUCACUGAUCAUUCAUAAUGAACCACGAUUUGCUAUGUUUGGACCAGGUUUGGAAGAAUUGAAUACAUCUUUGGUGUUGAGCUUGAUGUCAUCCGAGGAACUUUGCCCAACUGCUGGUUUGCCUCACAGGCAGAUUGAUGGUAUUGGAUCAGGAGUCAAUUUUCAGUUGAGCAGCCAACAUAAAUUCAACAUCCUAAUAUUAUAUUCAACUACCAGAAAGGAAAGAGAUAGAGCAAGGGAAGAGCACACAAGUGCAGUUAACAAGAUAUUCAGUCUACAGAGUAAAGGAAAUGAUCAACAGGGAAGCCGGUACAGUGUGAUUCCACAAAUUCAGAAGGUGUGUGAAGCUGUAGAUGGGUUCAUCUAUGUUGCAAAUGCUGAAGCUCAUAAAAGGCAUGAAUGGCAAGAUGAAUUUUCUCAUAUUAUGGCAAUGACAGAUCCGGCUUUUGGAUCUUCAGGAAGACCAAUGCUUGUUUUAUCUUGUAUUUCUCAAGCAGAUGUAAAAAGAAUGCCUUGUUUUUAUUUAGCACAUGAAUUGCAUCUGAAUCUUCUAAACCACCCAUGGAUGGUCCAGGAUACAGAUGCUGAAACUCUAGCUGGUUUUUUGAAUGGCAUUCAAUGGAUUCUUGGAGAAGUAGAAUCUAAGCAUGCAGGAUGAUCCUCUUUUUUGGAAACUGAGACUGAAACCAUUUGAAGUUUGUUAGUAAGGUCAUGAUGUGGAUGGUCAGCUAACGUCAGCUCAUUUUGUUCUGCCUUUGUACAAGUGGGCUUUACACUGGACAGUGGUAACUGCUGUGUUCCCCUUAUUAUUUCUACUUUUUACCUUAAAUCAAUUACAUGAGAAGAAUUUCAGUGCUAGCAUGUAGUCCCAAAAUGAGCAUUGUAUAAUUUUUUGAUAAUUUUUACUAUUUUUGUCUUUUUAAAAAUACUAAAUUCUGG